GAGGCGGGGAGCGGCUGGGAAGUGGCCGCGGCGCGGCGGAGCUAGCUGGCGGGCUCGGGAGCUGGAGUGCAGAGCCGAGCCGGCGGUGGGCAGCGGCGGUGGGGAUGGCGCGGGCCGGGCCGGCGUGGCUGCUGCUGCUGCUGGCGAUCUGGUUGGUGCUGCUGACCUGGCUGUCUUCAGCGAAGGUCUCCUCGCUCAUUGAGAGAAUCUCCGACCCCAAGGACUUGAAAAAGCUUCUCAGGACCCGGAAUAACAUACUAGUGCUUUACUCCAAGUCAGAGGCGGCAGCUCAAAGUCAUCUCAAGCUAUUGUCCACUGUGGCCCAGGCAGUAAAAGGACAAGGCACCAUCUGCUGGGUGGACUGCGGUGACGCAGAGAGCAGAAAAUUGUGCAAGAAGAUGAAAGUUGACCUGAGCCCCAAGGACAAAGCGGUCGAAUUAUUUCAUUACCAGGAUGGCGCGUUUCACAUGGAAUAUAACCGAGCCCUGACAUUUAAGUCCAUAGUGGCCUUUCUGAAGGAUCCAAAAGGCCCCCCGCUGUGGGAAGAAGAUCCUGGAGCCAAGGACGUUGUCCACAUCGACAGUGAGAAGGACUUCAGACGGCUCCUGAAGAAGGAAGACAGGCCACUGAUGAUGAUGUUCUAUGCCCCCUGGUGCAGCAUGUGCAAGAGGAUGAUGCCGCAUUUCCAGCAGGCCGCGACCCAGCUCCGAGGCCAGGCCGUCCUGGCUGGGAUGAACGUCUACCCCUCUGAAUUUGAAAACAUCAAGGAGGAUUACGGCGUGCGGGGCUACCCGACCAUCUGCUACUUUGAGAAAGGGCAGUUCCUGUUCCAGUACGAUAACUACGGGGCCACAGCCGAGGACAUUGUGGAGUGGCUGAAGAAUCCACAGCCGCCACAGCCCCAGGUCCCCGAGACUCCCUGGGCAGAUGAGGGUGGUUCCGUUUAUCACCUGACCGAUGAAGACUUUGACCAGUUUGUGAAGGAGCACGCCUCUGUCCUCGUCAUGUUCCACGCCCCAUGGUGUGGACACUGUAAGAAAAUGAAACCAGAGUUUGAGAAGGCAGCAGAAGUCCUCCACGGAGACGCAGAUAGCUCUGGUGUCCUUGCAGCUGUCGAUGCCACCGUCAACAAGGGCCUGGCGGAAAGAUUCCACAUCUCAGAGUUUCCCACGUUGAAGUAUUUUAAGAAUGGAGAGAAACACGAGGUUCCCGCGCUCAGGACAAAGAAGAAGUUUAUUGAGUGGAUGCAAAACCCCGAGGCACCCCCGCCCCCGGAGCCCACUUGGGAAGAGCAGCAGACAAGUGUGUUGCAUCUGGCAGGGGACAGCUUCCGGGAGACCCUGAAGAAGAAGAAGCACACCUUGGUCAUGUUCUACGCCCCCUGGUGCCCACACUGUAAGAAGGUCAUCCCACAGUUUACUGCCGCUGCUGAUGCAUUCAAAGAUGACCGGAAGAUUGCCUGUGCUGCCGUUGACUGCGUCAGAGACAAGAACCAGGACCUGUGUCAGCAGGAGGCCGUCAAGGCUUACCCCACUUUCCACUACUACCACUACGGCAAGUUUGUGGAGAAGUACGACAGCGAUCGGACGGAAUCUGGGUUUACCAGUUUCAUUCGAGCCCUCCGGGAGGGAGACCUGGAGAGACUGGGGAAAAGGAAGGAGGAGUUGUGACGCUGCCUCAGAGAAAGCGUUCCCACCACACUGUGAAUGAUGCCUGUUUGUUGUUCUUUCUGAAUCUCCACGUUCCGAAGACAGCCUUUUUUAUAGCCGCUUACGGCCGUUUUGUACAAUUUUGAAAUAAAAUUAAACCAUUUA